GCAUUUUUUGGAUCUGGAAAGAGAACAUUUGACAAUUCAUUCAAGGUGAUCGCUCCAUUCUAUCAGAAAACACGUGCCCAAAACUUCACUGCAAAGGACAGAACUUGGACGGUAAGAACUGUUUAGGGGAGAAGUAUUCAGUGUUUGUCAUGUUUCUUGCCUGUUGGUUGACUUGCUGCUGGGACAGACGACCAGUGCCCCCAGCUUCCUCCAGCAGCCACUCCACACAGGCUUCCAGCCAGGCAAAAGGCACCUGGACUUGCCAGGAGGAUUGCAGCCAGGCUUGUGUAGCAUGAACCAUUACUUCUGGAGCCAUUGGUGACCAAACGCUGUUUUCUGUCAGUCACACAACUUUGCUCCUGAAGUCAUGUACUGUAUGCGACAGUAGCACCACUAACCUUCUAAGACAGUGAACAUAUUUGAUGCUACUGAGAUAUCUAUACUAUGUAUACAAUACAUGUCCUUAUUUAUGAAAUUACUUUAUUUAGCUGUUGACUUCAGACCCCCUUUAAGGACUUGGUUUGCUUCGACUUGUUCGUAAGCAUGGCAUCAGCGGAGAAUCUGGUCUGGCAUCUGUCAAGAAAAAUGAAAACGACCGUCAAAGGAAGAUGAAACAACGUGAAUGCAGUAGAGUCUCUGAAGAUAAAUAUUUGUCUUCAUGGCGGAACUCAGGAAGGCGCCAAAACCAUUCUAUUUACGCUCUAACAUAUUCCACACAGGAAACUUUGGUCAGUCCGUUUCAAGCUUGUAUGACUAGCAGGAACGUGAAGACAACAAUCGUGAACACCCGAUUAAAGAUACCUUAUAAACGGGAAUUUCUUGAACAGCUUGAUAUUUUUCAACAGUCGCUGUAACCGGAAGGAGGGUAUGUAUUUGCAACUAGAACGCCUAUUUCAUUCGAUUGACAGAUUUUCUAACCAAUAGAAUUGCUGUGUUUGGAGCACUGCCCUGACUUCCGCCAAUCGCCACACAGCUUCGCUACACUUUAGCAAGUCCGGUAGAGAAGGACGAGCGAGGUGUUGUGCACCACAGAAUCCCUGCGUUACCUGGGGCUCGUGUUUCGCUACCCCGUUCCUGCCACUGCUUCUCGUUCUCGGAUCAGCAAACCUAAAGCUCCUCUGUCAGAAGACCAUGGAUUCUGAAAUCGAAAAGCAGGAGGAGUCUUCCUUCAUCUCCGAAUCGAAUGGCAAGCGCCCUGCGGAAGAUGGAGAUGAACAGAAAUCCUUUAAACGUUCGAGAAAUUCAGACGAGAUUGUUGAGCUUCGUAUCCUCCUGCAGAGCAAGAAUGCAGGAGCAGUAAUUGGAAAAGCUGGCAAAAACAUCAAAGCUCUUCGCACAGACUACAGAGCAAGUGUGUCAGUCCCAGACAGCAGUGGGCCUGAGCGCAUCCUAAGCAUCAGCGCCGACAUUGAGACGGUUGGAGAAAUCCUCCUGAAGAUUAUUCCCACUUUGGAAGAGUACCAGCAGUACAAUGGAAUGGAUUUCGAUUGCGAACUUCGUCUGCUGAUCCACCAGAGUCUGGCUGGCUCCAUUAUUGGGGUGAAGGGAGCCAAAAUAAAGGAAUUGAGAGAGAACACAAAAACCAGUAUCAAGCUGUUCCAGGAAUGUUGUCCCCAGUCGACAGACCGCGUCGUGCUGGUUGGGGGCAAGACAAAGAGGGUUGUCCAGUGUAUCAAGACUAUGCUGGAGCUCAUUGCUGAUGCUCCUAUUAAGGGGAGAGCACAACCGUAUGACCCAAACUUCUACGACGAAACUUAUGAAUAUGGAGGUUUCACUGUGAUGUUUGAAGAGAGGGGCAGCAGUCGCCGACUGAUGGGCGGAUUCCCCCGAGGCAGCAGGCCAAGUGCUGGAGACCGUGGCUAUGAGCGAAUGUCAUCCAGUAGAGUCUCACGUGGGCCACCCCCUCCCUCCCGGCGAGAUUAUGAUGACAUCAGUCCGCGGCGUGGUCCUCCACCUCACCCCAGCAGAGUUGGGCGUGUGAGUGGCCGCGGUCGCAACGUGCCCGUAGGCCACCCACACAGAGGGGGAGACGAUCGUUACUAUGACUCGUACCGCAGCUCGGAAGAGAGGUCCAAUGAGAGAAGAGGCAGGCCGGAUCGCUACAGCGAUAGCAUGAGUGGUGGAGGCUAUGACAACAGUUCUUCCUGGGAUAGCUAUCCGUCAGGUGGCAGAGGAUCCUACGACUUGGGUGGCCCUGUCGUCACUACACAAGUAACAAUCCCCAAAGACCUGGCUGGCUCCAUCAUUGGUAAGGGAGGCCAGCGCAUCAAACAGAUCCGUCACGAGUCUGGAGCGUCCAUCAAGAUUGAUGAGCCACUGGAAGGUUCAGAGGAUCGGAUCAUCACCAUCACUGGCACCCAGGAUCAGAUUCAGAAUGCCCAGUUUCUUCUACAGAACAGUGUGAAGCAGUACUCUGGUCAUUUGGUGUAGGCCCAGGAUUGACUCGGAACGCCUCACGACCCCUUCGACCUUUGUGUCCCAGUCCACCCCCCCACCCCCCUUCAGACUAAUAUUCUGGAAUGUGGGAUUCUUUUAUUUUAUUUUUGUAUUUUUUAAUAAAAUGUCUGACAUUCCUGUGCAUCAAGAAAGUGAAGAUGUUCUGCAUUUUAAAAGUGUAUUCCUUUUGUUUGCUUGAUACACUUUCUUUUCCCACAACACGUAUUCAAAGAUAUGGUCUGCUGAUACACAAAAAUAAACAGUCUUUCUUGACAGUUUUGUAUUCUAAGCUUGUAUUUGUGCUUAAUUCAGUACGUUUGUGUUGGUUAAGACUUCUUUUCACCAUUACUUCAUAACAGGUGCAGACAUUUGUUUCAUCAUCGAUUCUUCACAUUUCACUUUGUUUUUGUUACCUGUCCGAUGGUUUGCGGGUUUGUAAUGGUAGACCACUCAGUUGUGUCAGAUACAGGGCAGUCUGGUUGAUAUAAGAAUAUUUAUAGUUGUCAUGAAUCAUUUGUUUAACUUUCUUUGAUGAUUAAAGCAAGAAACCUGUGAUGUGUUGCUUUUCUCUCAGAAAUGUCCUGCUCAGAAGUUUACUUGGUCAACAUGUCUCAUGAAUAAAGAUGGUGCCACCUUUACAACAUCUUUUUUUUUCC